AUGGCUACAGCCAUGCAGCAACAACAAGAAGUAUUCAUGCGUCAACAACGGGAUAUGCAUAAUCUUCUGAUGGAAUCCUUGGGAAACAGAGAUCGCGGAGAGGCAUCCCGAGAAAGAUAUAGUCAAGGUGCGGACAUCUUUGAAAGGUUCUUAAAGCUCCGACCUCCAACGUUUGAAGGAGCGCCGGAUCCUGUACAAGCGGAACGUUGGCUAGCAAGGAUUUACAAGAUUAUGCAGCCCCUAGAGUGCACCGACUCUCAAAUGGUAUACUUGGCCACAUACUUGUUGGAAGGCGAGGCGGCGAACUGGUGGCAGGGCCUACAACGGAGCGUCCCGCCCACAUAUGCAUGGACAUGGGCUGGGUUUAAGACGAAGUUUCUUGAAAAAUACUUCCCCCGGUCAUGUAGGAAUGAGAAGAUAGCUCAGUUCUUAAAGCUGGGGCAGGGCAAUCUGACCGUCGCCCAGUAUGAGGCUCGGUUCGAUGAACUUUCUCGAUAUGUACCGAAAGCCCUGGAAGAUGCUGAGUACAAAUUACAGAAAUUCAAGGAGGGGCUUCGACAGGGAAUCCAGUCGCGACUAUGUGCUUGGGACUUCGAAGACUUCACCGAGCUGGUGGAUAAGGCUAUGAGAGUCAAAAAGGAUUUUGAAUGCGCCCUAAGGACCCGUUCCUCAGUUAGGGAAGCCCUAAUUAGGCCCAGACAAGCGCCUCUAGCCCCAUCUGCAUCAGAAAGGAGAGCUAGGGUCAUGUCUGCAGGAGCGCCACCCAUGCCUACCGUAAGAGGCUGUGAGUACUGCCACAAGAUCGGGCACUCUGCAUGA